GCUGACAAUUCAAGAUUAGAGCUAAUUGGAAAAGCACUUUUAUUUGGGUUAUUGAAAAUUAUUAAGGAAGCCAAAAUUGAAAAAGUUGAUAGUUUAAUGAAAAGUAAAGAAACCAACAAAGCACUUCUGUUUAAGCCUUUUUAUGGCCCAUUAGACCCGUAUAUUCACAGCUCUCAGGAAG